AUGGGUGGCAAGGGCAGUGGAGGCAGUGGCGGCGGCAAGGGCAAUGGUGGUUGUGGGACUGGGAAAGGUGGCAGCGGCCAUGGAGGCAGCGGCAAGGGAGGCUCGGGCAAUGGUGGAUUGUCUUACAUAUCAAGGGACGCAUUCGAGAGUAACCCACAGGGUUACUUCUUGGGGCUUUACGAGAGCGUGAAGGGUGGGGCUAAAACAACAAGUGCGUGGCUCUCCUCGGCUCUCUGCGGUGGACUUAAUGACGUGAAUGAAGGAGAUAGAGACCUUGGAGAAGGAGAUGCAUGUGGAGAUGUAGCUAACUGUGUGGAAGAGGUUGGCGCCGAGAAAGGCGAGGAAGACGGGCUUGGAGACCUUGGGCAGGGUUGCAGCUUUAGAGUGGCUUCGGCAGAAGCCCCAAUAAGGGCAUUGCGAUGGUGGAGGCAAGAAUGGGAGAGGCCGAGUGGGUGGGUGCCGACAUUGUGGGAUCUGAGAGGAGGGGGAAGUGGGGAUCUUUAUGGGGGAGGAGACUAG